CUCUCUCUCUCUCUCUCUCUCUCAUCGAUCAGUCAUCCAUGGGCAAUGCGGUAUCACCUUGCUUGCAACACAACUCAAGCUCAAAGCCACAGUCCGUGAAGCUAAUCUUUUGGGAAGGAAGCACGAGGAUGUUAGCCGGAAACCGCCCCCGCAUAGCCGGUGACAUCAUGUUCGAGUGUCCCGACAAGAUGGUCAUGCACGCGGACUCGUUCUUCCUCGGCCGCCCCAUCCCGCUGCUCGCCGUCGACGAGGAGCUCGUCCCCGGUCAAACCUACUUUGUCCUUCCCAUCGACUUCUUCUCCGGCGACACCCUGUCUUCCUCCACCAUUGCAUCCCUAUGCUCGAACCCUCGCAAACUGUCCCUCGUGAGCUUCGGCGAUGGCAGCGGCCCUUUCGAGUACGUCAAGAGCGAAGAUGGGAAGGUCCUGAUUAAGGUCGUCCCGGAGUUCAUCACGAGGAUGAUCGUCGCCAAGAAUAGUAAGGACGAUAUCGCAUGCGGCAACAUUAACGCAGCGGGGAGUCAUGGUUUUCUUUGCAGCACGCCGGAGUUGCAGAAGCAUUACGACCAGUUAGUAGGUUCUAAAGUGCAAGUUUGGUCGCCGAAGUUGGAGACGAUAUCGGAGUGCAAAGCUAGGGUUUUGCCCUGCAAACUGAUAGGGUUGGAGUGGAAGAAGAAGAAGAAAGAAAGAAAAUAGUUGACGACUUCUUGGUGUGGUUGAAGAGAAUGAAAGAGUAUAGCUAGCUAGUAGUUACCAGUUACAACCAAAUGGAUUCAUGUUAACCUAAUUUUUUCUCACUUAUGAUUUGCCUCUGAAAUGUACAAAAGCAGAGGGGAACAUUCGUUGAUUAAGGAGCAUUUGAGAAAUAAUUUGAUUUUCAGAAUUGAAUGAACCUCACUUCUUUUUGGAUUCACUAGCAUCAUCAGUUUCAUUCCUUGGAU